UCCGGCCAUGUCAUCCCAAAACCUGCUCAAGAAGCCGUCGGAUGGCGGGAUGGACGACAACGGCAUCACCACGCACAAGUGGAAGGUGUCGCUCUUUGGGUGCUUGGACACCCUCGUUCCCAACACGCUCAUGACGGUGAUCUUUCCGUGUGUGUCCGUGGCGCAAAUCGCAGCACGCGUGGGGUUUGUCAACUACCUCACGGCGCUAAUUGUGACCUUUGUUGCGUACAUCUUGUUCCUCGUGGCGAUUGGCGUGCACACGACGGCAUUGGACGUGAUCGCCGCGCUUGUCGGCAUCGUCUCGUUUGGGUAUUUGUGGUACAUGCGCACCAAGGUGCGGUUCCUGUUUCACAUUCCAGGUUCCAUUGUCGAAGAUGGAUGCGUCGUCCUCUUCUGUGGAUGGUGCUCCAUCGCCCAGAUCGCGACCCACGUCGAGAGUUACACCCCCAACGAGUGUGCAUUUGAUGCCAAGGCCACGCUGCCAGGAUACAUCGUCUAAGCCUAACUGUCGUUUGAUUUCUUUUACGUUGAAGUCUCAAUCGUACAAUAUUGCGAUAAUGUUACUAGUAUAUGGCAAGUCGGCACUGACCCGCCCUUGGUCAUC